AUGCGGCGCUCAGCAAUCCCAUUUUGCUGCGGGGAGGCCGGAAGCUCGGAGGAAACGAGGAGGAGUGAGGAGCGGCGCGCUGCCGGCCCUCGACACAAGGAACACAGGUGGGGGCAGGCCCCGGAGGAAGGGGAGGGAGGGACCUGGGGAGUCCAGAGACAAGAGCACGGGAGGCCAUACCUCGAAGACGAGGCAGGGAGGGGUGACCAAGGCGGUGGUGCCAGAGGAGAGUCUCGUGCGCCAGAGGACGACACGAGCAGGGGGCAGACGCAGGACUAG